CCUUAUUUGUAACCCCAAGGCAAGCUUCCAUUGAUACGGGGCGGAGAAGUACAUCCCAUUAAGUGUCACCCAGAUAAGGACGAAUGGGUUGUUUGACCUUUGAUCAAGAGUUCUAUUAGAAAUACAAAAACCCUGCAGCCCUCGCAUUGCAUUGGGAAGCUUGUGGCGCGUAUUUCUAUAAGUUACGGUGCCAACCUGGAACGAAGACGAGCCUGAGAAAUGGCAGAAACUGCUAACAUCCCAGUCAUCGACAUUUCUGGUGACGACCAGGCCCGUGUGGCCAAAGAACUGGUUGCAGCAGCUAUCGAGCAUGGCUUUGUCUACAUCAAGAACAACGGCAAGGACAUACCUGUGCAGGCCAUAGAUGAGGCGUUCGAGAUGUCCAAGAGACUCUUCAACGCACCCACAAGUGAGAAGCAAACAUGCACGAUACAGCAAAACAACCGAGGCUGGUCAGCAAUGAAUUACGAGACGCUCGAUCCGGCAAACCAGCGUGUAGGGGACUUCAAGGAAGCUUUCAACUUCGGCGAGUUCAUCGACGGCAAAGCGCAGCAGCCCAUCCCGCCCACCAUCGCCGCCGACGAGCCGCAGAUCAGCGCCUUCCGCGACCUCUGCUACAACCUCUCGCUCAAGCUGAAUACCCUGCUAGGCAUCGGCCUGGAAGUAACACCGCCCGAUUUCUUCACCUCGGCACACCUCCGCGCCCGCGGCCCGUCCGGCACAAUCCUGCGCUUCCUGCGCUACCCGCCGCGCGCCGACGUCUCCGGCGACGCCACAGCAGACGACGUGCGCGCGGGCGCCCACUCCGACUACGGCUCGCUCACCCUCCUCUUCCGCCUGCGCGGCCAGCCGGGGCUCGAGGUCCUCUCGGCGGACGGCAAGACGUGGUCGCCUGUCCCCGUGGUGCCGCCCGGCACGGAGGAGGAUCCGGCGCCGCCGAUUCUGAUGAACAUCGGGGAUUUGCUGUCGUAUUGGACGAAUGGUUUGCUGCGGAGUACCGUGCACAGGGUUGUCUUUCCCCGGGACGGUGGAGGAGUGCAAGGGGAGGCGGACGUUGACGGGCCGAGGUACUCGAUUGCGUAUUUCUGCCAUCCCUUUGGGGGUGCUCAGUUGGGGCCGGUGCCUAGUGAGCGGGUCAGGGGGUAUAAAGGGGGGUUGGCGGAGGGAAAUCCGUACGCUGAACGGAAGGUGUUGACUGCUGAUGAGCAUUUGAAGAUGAGGCUGAAGGCGAGCUACGCCCAGUUGUAUGACGAGAAACAGUGAUGCUGGGUCACUCAGGGCGUACCUGAGUUGUCAACACACAGGUAGAAUUAGUUCAUGACAAUUGUUUGGCCU